AUGGAAUUUUUCAACGACAUUGGUGGGGGCGAAAACCCCCUCAAGCCGUUACUUUUCGAGCUCAUUGCUCAGGAACAGCUCUGCGACCUGCUCCAACCUGCACUCGAAUAUGUCCUUUCUGAUUACUUCGAGGACCUUGGCGGAGGGAUUGACUCAGAUCUCGUCGAUGAUGCGGGAGGAAGGCAAAUUCGUGCAUUGACAGAAGAGACCUGGCGAGGCCGAUGGAGGAGACUAUACAAGAAGCUGUACCCAUGGCUGAACCUGGGCUUCGAAUCCUGGCUUCUCAUUUACAACGUCGCAUAUUUGUUCGAAAAGACACCAUAUUACCGACCGUGGUUAUCCUGGAUAGGUGUCGACCUACGUCGACUAGGCAUCGACGACUACCGCGCGGAGUCCCUCGCCGCACAAAGAUCCUCGGCCACAACUCCUCCGAAAUCUCCCCUCGACACAUUACGCCACAUCAUUCGCAACUCUCCUCGCUUCUUCCUCGAUUCCCUCAAGCUUCUCAUUCCCACCACAGUCUUCUUCAUCAAAUUCCUCGAAUGGUGGUAUUCUCCCUCUUCCCCCGCCCGCUCCCUCACGCUCUCAUCUUCUCCGCUCGGUCCAUCCAUCCCGCCACCCGCCCUCCUUCGACCCCAUCCACAAGGGCUGAAACUUGACGGACGGAAGUACGGCGAAUGCCCAAUUUGCGGGGAAGGGAUCAAGAAUGCCACGGCAUUGCCGAGCGGGUAUGUGUUCUGCUAUAGGUGCGCGUAUGAGGAAGUCGAAAAAAGCAGUAGGUGUCCGGUCACGCUGUUGCCGGCGAGGGUGUGGCAGCUGAGGAAGGUGCUUGUCUGA